AUCACUUGGCAUUCUGGGACACAAACAGUGGUGUUAUGAAUAGCUUCAACAGCCGCAGUUUCUAGUGUGCGAGGAAGACGACGAGAGAAACAGCACCAGCCAGCCACCAGUAAACUGUUUCCUUCUUCUGCGUUUUAUUCGUCGCUGUGUUGUACGAGAGCAGCGCACGAGGAGGAGGCUAGCGGCGGGUUCGUCUCUGAAAUGCAACGGUGGACUUUAUUAACGCUGCGAGCUAACCACAUCUAGCUAACCACAGCAGUAAGUUUACCGUGCAUUGAUUUGUGCUGGUGCGUUAACGUUAUUAGCGGGAGGAGUCAUACAACUUGAUGUUCUUGCACCACUUCCCGACCAAAGUCCAAAGAAGAAGCGGGUUGUUUACGCGCAGCUGCGCUGCUCCAUUCGUCCAGUGACUCCACUCUGUCCUGAGCUGAGGGGCUGCAGCUCUGAACAUGGCGAGUGUUUCACACAGAGACCACGAAACGGGCACUUUUAAGUGUUUGGACUGGCACGUCGUCCAGCUAGUGUACCCAAGAUAAACACCGUUACGUUGGACAAUUCAUGUAAUGGCCAAGGAGAGUGACGUGUUUCAUCUGUAUGUCUCACCACACGGUCGCUCUCGUGAAGUGCAUGGACACAUGUCUCUGUUGAAGCUCCACGCAUUGAUAUUGCUCGACAUGGACUUGCGCUGGAUUUAAAAAGACUCUGCCUGGAACCCUCAAACGUCACAGCUGUCUCCAGACCGGACAGCUCAUCUGAGCCUCUCUGUUGGGUCCCCCCCCCACCCCAGAGCGUAAUUUAGGGGGCCAACAUGUCAAUGUCAGGGCCCACGACUGUGCAGCUGUUCACCAAGCUUGUCAAGCAUGCAGUGGGUAAGGCGCAGAUCCAGCUGAACCGCUGGCUGCAGAAGACCGCCACAGAUGACUGUGACAAGAUUGACAUCCUGAUAUGCAGCGCCUUUGAGGAGACAGGGGCCGGCACAGGGAAGUCAGAUGGAGACCCCGAGGUUAUCAGUGACACGGGAGGAAUGUCCUUCAGCAGCAGUGGAGAGUUCAGACACCCAUGCUGCAUCACCACCUUUUGCUUCAAGAGUGCCCUGCUGGCGUGCAUCCUGACCGCUGUGUGCUUCUCCUCGGUUGCACUGGUUCGGCAAUACCUCAAGGACCUCCUGCUCUGGGUGGAGAGCUUGGACAGCCUCGUCGGAGCCUUGCUGUUCAUAGUCGGUUUGAUUAUCGUGUCGUUCCCCUGUGGAUGGGGAUACAUUGUUCUUAAUGUGGCAGCUGGCUACCUCUACGGCUUUGUGCUGGGCAUGGGACUAGUUAUGGUGGGAGUUUUAAUCGGGACCUUUGUGGCACACCUGGUAUGCAAACGCCUAUUGACUGAGUGGGUGCUGAACAAGGUUGGGAACAGUGAGCAGCUCGGUGCUAUCAUUCGAGUGGUGGAGGGAGGAAGUGGACUCAAAGUUGUGGCCUUAGCGAGACUCACCCCCAUACCAUUUGGGCUCCAAAAUGCAGUUUUCUCGAUCACAGACGUGUCCUUGCCAAACUACCUGGUGGCCUCCUCUGUGGGUUUGUUGCCCACUCAGCUUCUCAACUCCUACCUGGGCACCACGCUUCGCACCAUGGAGGACGUUAUUGCUGAGCAGAGCGUCAGCGGCUACUUUGUGUUCAGCCUGCAGAUCGUCAUCAGCAUCGGCCUAAUGUUCUAUGUUGUGCACCGGGCACAGGUAGAGCUCAACGCAGCCAUCGCCGCCUGUCAGAUGGAGCUGAAGUCGUCACACAUGAAUGGCUCCUCCACCAAUCACAGCGGCUUCACCUACUGCAGCAAGAGGGCGACGGCAGGCAGCGGGAACUGCAUUAAUGUCGUGUGAACGCGAACAGUAAGCUCGCAAGACUUGCAAACACUGAAGAAAUUAAGGUAACCUGCUGAGUUUAGACGCUGUCUGAAAUGUGUUGGUGGCGUGGUUUGUAGUUUUCCAACAACCUACUCUGGCCACCCUCGUGUGAAAACCACGACAGCGUGCGUCUUUUGUAGGUACGGUGAUUUAGACGUGUGGGACCGUCACCUUUUGAAGAAACGGUGCUGAUGGAAGUAGGUUUGCGUUACGUCAUCUUGUUUUCCUUUGAUUAAGGUACUUCUUAGCCUAUUCUUACAAGAGAUGUCAAUGAAAUGAUGUUUAGAGGUAUUAGUGGCCGAGUGAGUAAGUGAGUCAUUAAAAACAAUAGCUAGGCAUUAACUGCCUGCUAACACUAUGAAUGUGCAAUCUGGAGCUUUCUACAGAACCAAGGAAUUGUUUUUCCAUUUCAGUGUCAAAAGAAUGCCAACCUAUGCACCUUUUCUUUCAUACCACAUCUGAUUUGUUUUAUUCAUCCACAGCUUAUUCACACUACAGAUAAUAAGGGCCUUAUUAAUAUUUUUGGACUAUGGAGAGAGAGAGAGAGGAGGCGGGGGGGAGGCUGGGGCUGUCAUCGAGCGUUACCGUGUGAUGUCUGCUGGCUUACGACCACAUCAGCUGAACUUGGCCUCUUCUGCCCAGAGAUCAUUUUGGCGUUUCUGCAGUUUUGAUAAAAGCAUCCGAGGGGAGGAGAGCUCAUGUCACAGCAGGAAACUCAGGAAUGUUUCUGCCAGGAGAGUUUGAGUGCGGUGCGAUCGGCUCCUCGGUAGCACGGCCACAUGUUCUGCUACGGAGAGAUUACCACGCUGAGCUCAAACCCCAGAUGUCAGGCUUUCCUCUCAAUGUUUAUAAUUCAUUUUGAUGUGAUUUUACGUUCGUUUUGUUUCAACAUUUUAUUUGGCUGUGAGAUUAUUCCUUUGGAUUAUCACAUAGGUUUUGCUCAAGACGGUAGUUUUGACAAUUCUGUGCAAUGCAUCAAAAAACGGUGACAAAAUGGCACGAACGUCCUAUUUCAGUGCUGAAACCAAACUAAUCCGAAAUGCGCUCAUGCAUCAAAAUCACACUAACCUGAGUCUGUUUAUUUGAAGGGUCACUUGCAUGAUAGACGAGUAAGCGAUGAGAUAAAGAGGCUGUUGUUUUUUACGUGCCAUAAUUUGAUAAAAGCUUAUCAGACGCUGUGACUCUGGCCCCACCUGAGCUGAGGCUACACGUGACUUCUCCUUUAUUUUACUACUUAAUAAUGCUGGUAAUUAUAGAAACGAUCUGUGAACAACUUUUGUGUUUCGGCUGUUAAUGCAACAAAGCGGUCAUGCUGUAGGUUCUCUGACAUCGUCCACUUCAAACAGAUGUUUCAUACGGAGAAGAUAAACUUUGGUCGGGGGUUUGGUUGGUCAAAGGUUGACAGUGAUGUGUCUCAGAAGCCGACAAUCAAACACAACAUGGACACUAAGUGAUGAAUGUGAUAAUAUUUUUUUAUUUUUACAUGAAUUAUUGUGAUGCUGCUCCUCAGACAAAGUCUGGAUGAGGAAUUAUAAGGGCUCCUAUAUGAAAUAUUGAUCUAUAUCCCUAUAUUUGUAAUGCUGGCAAAACAGUUUUUUAAUUUUCGUACUAUUGUGUUUUCUUUGUCUUUCUUUCUUUAAAGCCAGAUUUAAUGUUUGCCCGACACAUUCCAUGCUGUCAGUCCUCUUAAAAGCUGUCAAGUUAUUUUCAUGCUAAAUGUUGGUUGAAAUGGCCUCAUCAUGUCCAGAUCCAGCAAUAAUGUUUGAAAGUCAAAAGCAAAAAAAACAUGAUAGAAGUCCUACCAGUACGAUCUGUUGGGAAUAGCUGUUAAAGAUCUCUUCUCUUUAACAUCUGUGUGUGUGUCUCUUGAAACUGCAUUUGAGUUUUUAGUUGAUCCGUGUUCCUCCGUAAGGUCGAGUAUUAAUAUUCCCAGGUUUAUGUUUCAGUGUUCAACCUGCCUAUUACCUCCCGCUGCCUCUGACGGACAUUACUGAGCUGCCAAUCAUGUGGAAGAAAUGCAACGAAACCGUGAUCAGAACAGCUUGUUCAGAUCUGUUGCACCUUCUUUGGAGAGUCCCUAAAACCUGCUCAUCGCUUAUUAAAGUUAAGCGAUGAACCCGUCGCAUGAAAAUCUUCUGAAUCCAACGCAGUCGCAUUUUCCAGUUUUCUACUUGAAUUGAAAGUUUACGUCGAGGGAGGUGAGAACCUUUUAUGGCUGCGAGGUUUAUAGAAUCUACUCACAACUCUGUUUCUCAUUUUAUUAAAGGAAUGGAAAUGAGUUUUUCUGUAAAUACACAAAGCUUUCACUUGACAGCAGGGAUAUUUAUUAGGAAGUGUCUCUGCCCUCCAAACAAAGUGUGAUUUGAUGAAGCUGUUCUGCUCAGAAGUGGACAUUAUACCAUGUGUAAUACAAAAACCAAGUACAUGGAACUUGACCGACCACUAUGGUCACGUUUCAUAAUAUUUUAGUCUGUCAACUGGGAUUUUGAAAACUUGACAUUGUGUGAAGAUGAGCAGUUUUACAGUAACGGCUUUGGUUCCUCCUAGGUGGGCUCUAUUUAACUUAGAUAUAGUUAUGCAACAACUGAUUCCUAAGGGAAGUAUAUUUCAUAGACAUCCACACAAGACCUGAAUCUGGGAUGUAACUGCACACACAACUGGACUGUUAAGGAGUAAAAUGUGAUAUCAUGAACUUAAAGGGUCACGUUAAGGGUCUCGUUUGGUGCUAUGAAAUGCAAUACUUCCCAUCUGUAUCAAGUGCAUUACACAUAUACUGUAUUUUGUAAUACAGAGAAUUUGACAGUGUAUAAAUAUUGAUAUUUAUCGCUGUACUAUGCUUGUUCAGUGUUAUUUAUGAGAGAAAAUAAAACCUGUCAGACUUUGUUACACAUUUUCUUUUCCAACUUUAUUUACAUAUAUUU